GCGAGCGAGGCGCUCAAAGUCAGCCUCGCAGACAUUGCAGCAGAGCCCCGAACUCGGGAGGCGACGGCGACCGCGGCGCAGGCGGAGGACGAGCCGGCCCCAGCCAGCCCGCGCGCACCGCCCGUGGCCUCGCGCGGCCGCAGGGCACGGCGGCCCCGGGAAGGAGGGAGCGACGCGGAUCGGCGGCCCGGGAGCCGCGGCGGCCUCGAAGUGCGUGGAUUGCAAGCUGUUGCAGAGUUGUUCUCAGGACCCAUUAUUUUAACAUUUUGGAGAAAUACAUUCAAAGGUUGACUGAGGAGGACCAGAGAAUCUGAAGACUCCAGUGACAUCAGAGCCACUUUCAACAACCUUCUCAGCUUCCUUUUCCACAUAGCCAAGGCUCAGGCUGGACAGAAGCGAUACUGGUGUGUGCCUUUGGUGAGCAACAAAAGAUGAAGAAAGAACAGUAUCUUCCCUAAGAAGCAUUUCCUGUGUGCCACUGCAUACCACGGAGUUACGCAGGGGACUUUGCGGCUGCUCCUUGCCUAGCCUGUGAUCAGUCCUGUGGUCUGCAGUGGAGUUUGCCUGCCUUUUAGCUAUCACUGCCAGAUGAUAUCGUGGUCAGAAUGUAACAGUGCAUUGCUCUCUGACUGCUAUGGAAGGUGAUCAACUGACAAUAAUUUCCUGAAGUCUGAUCUUACAGACAAGAAAACCAUCUUUAAAGUGAAUAGAAGCCAAGCCCCUGUGAGCACUUUUAUUGAACAUGACUCAUGGAGAAGAGCUUGGCUCUGAUGUGCAUCAGGAUUCUAUUGUUUUAACUUACCUAGAAGGAUUACUAAUGCAUCAGGCAGCAGGGGGAUCAGGUACUGCCGUUGACAAAAAGUCUGCUGGCCACAACGAAGAAGAGCAGAACUUUACCAUCUCUGGCAGUGCGUUUCCCACCUGUCAAAGCAAUGGUCCCGCUCUCAGUACACAUACGUACCAGGGAUCUGGCAUGCUGCAUCUCAAAAAAGCCAGACUGCUGCAGUCUUCUGAGGACUGGAAUGCGGCAAAGCGGAAGAGGCUGUCUGAUUCCAUUGUGAAUUUAAACGUAAAGAAGGAAGCUUUGCUAGCUGGCAUGGUUGACAAUGUGCCUAAAGGCAAACAGGAUAGCACAUUACUGGCCUCUUUGCUUCAGUCAUUCAGCUCUAGGCUGCAGACUGUUGCUCUGUCACAGCAAAUUAGACAGAGCCUCAAGGAGCAGGGAUAUGCCCUCAGUCAUGAUUCCUUAAAAGUGGAGAAGGAUUUAAGGUGCUACGGCGUGGCCUCAAGUCACUUAAAAACGCUGUUGAAGAAAAGCAAAACCAAGGAUCAAAAGUCAGGUGCCACCCUCCCUGAGGUAGCUCCAAACCUCAUCAGAGAUAGCUUUGUGGAGUCACCUCAUCAUGCGGGGCAGAGCGGAACAAAGGUCAUGAGUGAACCCUUGUCAUGUGCCGCAAGACUCCAGGCUGUUGCCAGCAUGGUGGAGAAAAGGGCCAGUCCUGCCACCUCCCCCAAGCCCAGUGUUGCCUGCAGCCAGUUAGCACUGCUCCUUUCGAGCGAAGCCCACCUGCAGCAGUACUCUCGGGAACAUGCUCUCAAAACACAGAGUGCACAUCAGGCAGCAAGUGAAAGACUCGCUGCCAUGGCCAGACUGCAAGAAAAUGGUCAGAAGGACAUAAGCAGCUUCCAUCUCUCCAAAGGGGCAUCUGGCCAUCUCAAUGGGCAGGCCAGAACAUCGUCAUCAUCCAGCAAGCUGGUGGCCAACAAGACUAGCCCUCCAACAUUUCAGAAUCCAGUAGGCGUUGUUCCUUCUUCCCCCAAAAAUACGGGCUAUAAGAACUCACUGGACAGAAACAACACAAAGCAAGCUGCUAAUAACAGUUUGCUUUUACAUCUUCUCAAAAGCCAGACCGUCCCCACGCCGAUGAAUGGGCACAGCCAGCAUGAGAGAGGAAGCAGUUUUGAGGAGAGUAGCACUCCCACCACCAUUGAUGAGUACUCUGACAACAAUCCCAGCUUUACAGAUGACAGCAGUGGAGACGAAAGCUCAUACUCCAAUUGUGUUCCCAUAGACCUGUCUUGCAAACACCGCAUUGAAAAACCAGAAGCCGACCGGCCUGUCUCCCUUGAGAACCUAACUCAGUCCUUGUUAAACACCUGGGAUCCAAAAGUCCCCGGUGUUGACAUCAAAGAAGAUCAAGAUACCUCAACAAAUUCCAAGCUGAAUUCACACCAGAAAGUCACACUUCUUCAGUUGCUACUUGGCCAUAAGAGUGAAGAAAAUGCUGAGAAUGCCAGCCCUCAGGAAGUCCACAGUGACGUGACUAAGUUCAGUCCGCAGAAUUACACGAGGACUUCUGUCAUCGAAAGCCCCAGUGCCAGCAGGACUACCCCAGUAAGCACUCCACCCCUGCAUGUAUCCACCAAAGGAGAGUCUCCCAUCAAUCUUUCUCAGCACUCUCUGGUCAUCAAGUGGAAUUCCCCACCAUAUGCCUGCAGUACUCCCACUUCAAAACUAACAAAUACCAUGGCUAGCCACUUGAUGGACCUCACAAAAAGCAAAGAAUCACAAGGAGAGAAACCAGCCCCCAGUGAAGGUGCACAAAACUCAGCAACGUUCAGUGCCAGUAAACUGUUACAAAAUUUGGCACAGUGUGGAAUGCAGUCUUCCUUGCCCACAGAAGAACAGAGACCCAGCAAACAGCUCUUAAGUGGAAAUACAGAUAAACCUCUCGGUAUGAUUGAUAGAUUAAAUAGCCCUAUGCUCUCAAAUAAAACAAAUGCACUUGAAGACAACAAAGCCUUCAGCAAUCAACCAGCAGGACCUGAACCAGGGCUUCCUGGUUGUGAGAUAGAAAAUCUCCUAGAAAGACGCACUGUCCUCCAGUUGCUCCUGGGAAACUCCAACAAAGGGAAGAGCGAGAAGAAAGAGAGGAUUCCUUUGAGAGAUGGAGCUAUUCAGGAGCAUUCAGAUAAAGCUGGAAGUGAGCAGAUACUGACGGUGAAAAUCAAAUCUGAGCCUUGCGAUGACUUUCAGAUUCACAACCCGAAUGUGCAUUUAAACCAUGAUAGCAAGAGCACCCCGUUCUUAGGUGUGACUCCCACCGUGCAGAGGGGCACGACAGCCUUACCAGUGUGUGAAGACUUCAAAUCAGAGCCCGCUUCACCUCAGGAUUUUUCUUUCUCAAAGAACGGUCUGUUAAGUAGAUUGCUGAGACAGAAUCAAGAGAGUUACCCAGCAGAUGACCAGGACAAGAGUCACAGAAAUAAUGAGUUGACACCCCUGGAAUCAAAGAACUUUUGCAUGGUCCCUAAGAAAAGGAAGCUUUAUACAGAACAACUAGAAAAUCCAUUUAAAAAGAUGAAAAAUAGUGCUGUAGAUACUGCCAAUAAUCACAGUGCCCCGGAAGUACUCUAUGGGUCGUUGCUUAAUCAGGAAGAGCUGAAAUUUAGCAGAAAUGAUCUUGAAUAUAAGUAUCCUGCUGGACAUGGUUCCACCAGUGAUAGUGAAAAUAGAAGUUGGGCCAGAGAGAGCAAAAGCUUCAAUGUUUUGAAACAGCUGCUUCUCUCAGAGAACUGUGUGCGAGAUCUGUCCCCACACCGGAGUAACUCUGUCAUCGACAAUAAAAAGAAAGGACACAAAAACAAUGUGCUCAAUAGCAAAAAAGAAGAAUUCAGCAUUUCUUCUUUAAAUGGACUGAUGUAUAGUUCCCCUCAGCCUGGCAGUUGUGUGGAUAAUAGGACAUUUUCAUACCCAGGAGUGGUAAAAACUCCUCUGAGCCCUCCUUUCCCAGAGCACUUGGGCUGUGUGGGGUCCAGACCAGAACCGGGCCUUUUGAAUGGGUGUUCCAUGCCCAUGCCCAGCGAGAAGGGACCCAUUAAGUGGGUCAUCACAGAUAUGGAUAAGAGUGAGUAUGAAAAAGACUCCCCAAGACUGACCAAAACUAACCCAAUACUCUAUUACAUGCUCCAGAAAGGAGGCAGCUCUGUUACCAAUCAAGAAACACAGGACAAAGAAAUCUGGAGGGAGCCUUCGUCUGCCGAGGGCAUCUCACAGGUUACAGUCAAAGAAGAGUUCCUUUCUGCUGCAGAAACUAAAGCGUCUUUCUUUAAUCUAAGAAGCCCUUACAAUAGCCAUAUGGGAAAUAACGCUUCUCGCCCACACAGUACAAAUGGAGAAGUUUAUGGACUUCUGGGAAACGUCCUCACAAUAAAAAAAGAGUCAGAAUAAUGUAUACCUGCCAUACCAUUUUGGAUCUUUUUUUAAAAUUAAUCAGUAUGAACUUGAGAUCUGUAUAAAUAAGAGCAUGAUUUGAGAAAAGCAUGGUAUAAUUGAAACUUCUUCAUUUUGAAAGUAUUGGUUAUUGGUGAUGUUUAAAUAUGCAUACUAAUUUUUGCCUAACAUUAGAUGUCAUGAGGAAACUACUGAAGUAGAAGUUGGUUGUUUAAUACUUCUGUAUGCAUCAGAUAACAACUGUGAGUAGCCUACGAAUGAAACAGUUUUAUAAUAGUAAAUAAGAGGCAUACAUUAAAAUGCAAAUCUCCAUCAAUAGUGGAUUGAUGCAAUUUGCUGUUGUUAUUAGGGUACUUCAUUUUCGCAUCUCAGAAGUCAGCCUACAUACAUGUUUUUAAACUCCAAAUUGUUACCUGUUUGAAAGAUAAUCAAAUUAAGAAAAAACCAGAAGCCUUGGGCUGAUUCACACCUCUCAGUUCAAAAGUAAGAAAAAGUAAUGCUUACAUUUUUCACUUUUGCUAAAUGAAAAUUCUUUUUAACUCUUGGAAGGGGUUUUGCGGUCCCCAAUGUGUCUGCUCCACCCCAGACCUUUUCAAUAUAUAUUUCUUUAAACCUUGUACUAUUUAGUAAAAAUUGAUUAUAACAGAGGGGAGUUUAAUAUCCUUAAAAGGCAGAUUUCCAUUUUUUUAUAUUUUGACUACUUUACUAAAUUAAUACUCCUCCUUUUACAAAAUUAGGGACGGUAAUAUUCAUCUUCAGGCAGUUUCCUGAAUAAUUGACUACUUAGAAAUAGUUUUUAAAAAAAGCAAGCAUGGAUUUUCUUUAGGUGGUUUUCACCAUGUCUGGUGAAAGUUAAUUCUCAUCAUUCCUGUGGUACCUGUAAGUCUUAUGACCAGGAUUUCUUAAUUCUGGACACAGAAACUGCAUUAGCACUAUCUAGAGCAGUUGUGUAAAAUGCAGAUUCAUAGGCAACAUCUCAGGUCUACAGAACGGGUCUGUGAGUGGACCUAGGAGUCUCUGCCUAUAUCCUGACAUGUUCUGUAUGUGUUUCUUCUGCAUACUGAUGUUUGAAAACCAUGCCAUAUGACUUUUCCAGAACAUAGGACUUUAAAGAAACUAUUGAUGCCUAUUUUUUUCCCCAGCACAGUCACCCAUCCACUCAAAAUUUGCAAUAUUGUAAUUCCUAUAUUGCUGUUAUAUCUUUGGAAAUCGGGUUCAGAAUACUUUUUAUGACAAAAAAAAAAAAUGGGUAGAAGGGACAACUUUCCUAACUGGGUCAACAUCUCAGGAAAAUCUGUGAUUAUUUAUUUGUUCUAAUUAGUAACAUUGACUUAAUUAGCCUUAGAGGUGGAAUAACAGGGCCACUUAGCAAACUCAGGUGAUCCCAGGAUGGUUGGGAAACUUCUCUCGAAUACAUCCUUAACCUUCUAUCCAAACCAUCCUUUGCACAGCAGUGCUUCUGAAGCUAGCAGAUUCAACCCAAGGAAGGUAUCAAACUCAGAUUACCUGACACCAAAUCAAAGGGCACUCAUUAUCCAUAACAGGACCUACGCCUCACUUUACAGGAUCGAUUUAUUAGAAACAGGCAUUAAAUGUAAACACUGAUACUGUCUUGGAAGACUUAAUAUCUAAUUGAGCCAGGUGGAAUUUCAACCUUGAAGCAAGUUGGUUUUUAAGUUCAGUUUUUAUAGCCCACAGUUCAUCCACCAGACAAUGUUUUGUUUUCAAUGUUGAGCCAGGUUAGCAACCGACUUACCAAAAGAAAAAAGAAAAAAAUAUUGGGUACUCAGCAAUUAGGUAGGAAGAAGUUUAUUUGAAGUUGUACGUACUUGAAAUUGUUUCUAAGAUUUUUUUAUAUCAAAAAAUGGACAUUAUUUCUUAAUUAUCUAAAAUUCUAAAUGAUUAUUUUUUUCUCAAGCUGAUUUGUAAAUAGUUAAUGGAUAUGCUAUAUGGUGAUCGGAGUGUAUAUUACGCUAUGUCAGAGAAAGGAGAAGGCAUAUAUUUAGUUUGCUAUGAAAACUUCCACUGGCCAGUGAAGAUCUUUUACUCCAUGUCCAUACUGUGACAAUCUCCUUGUCUACACUAUAUCAAUAAGCUUUACACUAAGUCAUUUUUCUUGGUCAUUGUGAAAGGGCUGGAGCCUUAGAAAUUUACUGUAGGAUGCUAAUGCUUGUCCUCAGUUGGAGGCAGUAGGCAUCUUGAGUGGCACAUAGGUCAGGAAAACAUCCAGAGCCAGCAUUGCUUUGCUUUGUUUUGUUUGUUUUGUUUUGUUUUUUGUUGGAAUGAGAAUAUGUAAUUCAGAAAUAAAUAUGACUAUAAAGAAUGCUGUUCUGACUUACUAAAGUAUAUCCCCCACAUUGAGUUUAAAGAAAUAUUAGAGAAGAGAAAGGGCAUACACCCACAAAUUCACUUUGUUUGCAUAUGUAGAUUCAAAUAUGCACACAUACACAUUUUCAAGGAGUAUUUUCGAUAUCUAGUUGGUUUCUUCCUAAUAAAGUCAUUUGUGAAUGGGUACUACAGCUCUCAUUGACAUCAGUAAGGUAGCAUUACCUGUUUAUUCUCUGUUACAUCUUAACAGAAGAAUAAACUGGUGAGAAUAUAUAUUUUCUAUAUAUAUAUAUAUAUAUAAUGUGUAUAUAUAUAUAUAUUGACUUGUUACAUGAAGAUGUUAAAAUUGGUUUUUAAAGGUGAUGUAAAUAGUGAUUUCCUUAAUGAAAAAAAAAACAUAUUUUGUAUUGUUCUAAUGCAACAGAAAAACAUUUUAAUUUCUUUGGUUCCUGUAUAUUCCAUGUAUUAAGUGUAAAUAUAAUCAGACAGGCUUAAAAAAUGUGCAUGUAUGUAUACAGUUGCAAGUCUGGACAAAUGUAUAAAAUAAACCUUUUAUUUAAGUUGUGAUUCCCUGCUGCAUGAAGCGUGCAUGGGGAGCCCUGUGCAUCUGUGCACUUGACAAAGAUGUCUUCACAAGUCAGAUCAGACGUCCAUCCCAACAUGACAGUAUUCCGUUUCUGGACAUGACCUCUGUGGCUUAUGCUUUGUGAGAGAACAUGCUUUCAAUCCAAUGGUCUUAAUUUUCUUUUUUAAUCAACCACUUUUCAACAUAGAAUUCACACGCCAACUUCACAGAUCUGAAAAUCCCACUGGAAGCGUAACCAGGAAUAGUCCAGUGUUCCUCAAUGCUGGAGCACAGGCACGUUACCAUUCAUGGUAACAAUGUUGGCACUUACAGCCAGUUUUGAUGCAAUCUGCUUAGUGAUAUAAUUUGCCAUUUUUAUUAUUAAAUUUGAUUUCUUUAUGUGAUGUCAUGAAUUGUACAUACUGCAGUGUGAAUUUUUUGUUUUUUUAAAUCUUUUAGUGUUUACUUCCUGCAGUGAAUUUGAAUAAAUGAGAAAAAAAAUGCAUUGUCUCUAA